UUAUUAAGGUAAAGUUUAAGAAAAACCCAAUCUGAUUUGGCGAAUCUGGGACAGAGAAGAAAAGGGCUGGGUGAGAUUUUCCAAGAAUGGCGCGGCUGGAACCUCAAAUAUGCUACUUGCCCUCUGAACCAUUACACCAUGAUGAUGGCACUGUACCACGCUCGCCCUACGUAGAAGUUUUCGACAUUCCUGAAUAUUCACCACCACCACCAUCGGGGCCAUCGGGGCUAGAGGAAUGUCGAAGAAUUGCCGUAUACCGGAAAUUUCUUGCUAAAGUUGGACUUCAUUGCUACAAUCUGCAAAACGGCACAAAUUUUCAGUUUUUUUGUGUUGAGAGUAUGGACAAAGAUACCGGAAUACUUACUUCCAUCAUACUCAAUUCCACUCGCGACUUCGAAGCAAGGGUUCGGUAUGAUGAGGUUGAGAAACAACGUUGCUUGACUAUGAUUACAACGCUCUGCAGGUUUAAGCCGCAUCAAACUCCAGAGGUGGAAGGCAAUCUAUGUGCGGCCUUUGACAGACUUUCUGUGGAUGAUUUCUUCAAAGAUGACCUGCCCGAUUGGGUCCCUGAGGAUGCGCUAACUGCCAGUGAUAAUCUGCAAUACUACGAGAUGAAAGAAUCUGAGGUGGAAGAAUACAAGGAAUGGCUUCAUUUUUAUGCAAAACUUGGAUUCUUUACAACCUGUGGAAGUUUCCUGAAAGAUCUGAGGUGGGCACAGCCAUUUGAGCUGAGAAAGAUAAUUGUGCAAACCAGAGAACAUGUGGAGUCGAAGAAGAAGGCCUUGGCGGAGAAUGCAAUCUUCUACAUUGCCUUCAAAACCCGUGCCGUCGGUCGAGACUACAGGGCUAUCAUAAGGAGAACAAUGGAUGGAACGCCAGGGCAUAUGUCCCUUGAAAUCAAGUGUUUUAAGAUGUGAAAGUCCACCAUUAUGUAUCAUAUCGUCCCAUUAUGUAUUCAAGUAUCGCAUCGAUCUGAGGUCUUUCUUUUAAAAAAGUACUAUGGAGCGUUUGUCUUUGAAUAAGUUUAUGUGAGUUAAGUGUCUUGUCUUUCAAGAUAUUAUGGAUCGUGGUCUUUGAAUAAGUUUUAUGUGUUGUGUUGUCUUUCAAUACAUUAUGGAAUGUGGUGGUGUUUGCAUAAAGUUUAUGUGAGUUAUGUGUGUUUUGUGUUCGUGUU